GUUCCCCUCACUGUCCUCCAAAUGGCUCGCACUAAGCAGACGGCGCGCAAGUCGACGGGCGGGAAGGCGCCCCGCAAGCAGCUGGCCACCAAGGCCGCCCGCAAGAGCGCGCCGGCCACGGGCGGCGUGAAGAAGCCGCACCGCUACCGGCCCGGCACCGUGGCCCUGCGCGAGAUCCGCCGCUACCAGAAGUCCACGGAGCUGCUGAUCCGCAAGCUGCCCUUCCAGCGCCUGGUGCGCGAGAUCGCGCAGGACUUCAAGACCGACCUGCGCUUCCAGAGCUCGGCCGUCAUGGCGCUGCAGGAGGCGUGCGAGGCCUACCUGGUGGGGCUGUUCGAGGACACCAACCUGUGCGCCAUCCACGCCAAGCGCGUCACCAUCAUGCCCAAGGACAUCCAGCUCGCGCGCCGCAUCCGCGGGGAGCGGGCGUACAAUCUGAAUGUGAGGGCUGUAGCUGGUGCCAACAUCUUGGUCAGGGCCAUGAAGAAUGACGAGAAUGACAGGAGUGAGGCCGCGUGCGCGCGCGUCUACUUGGAGCUGGUGUACUUGGUGACGGCCUUGGUGCCCUCGGACACGGCGUGCUUGGCCAGCUCGCCGGGCAGCAGCAGGCGCACGGCCGUCUGGAUCUCGCGGGACGUGAUGCUCUCCUUGCGGCUGCGCUUGCGCUUCUUGCCGUCCUUCUUCUGCGCCUUGGUCACCGCCUUCUUGGAGCCCUUCUUCGGGGCGGGCGCCGACUUGGCGGGCUCGGGCAUGGUGCUCAGCUCUCAGACAGAAAACCAGCAGAAUGGAUCUGCUCUAAUGGCUCGGACCAAGCAGACGGCGCGCAAAUCCACGGGCGGGAAGGCGCCUCGGAAGCAGCUGGCCACCAAGGCCGCCCGCAAGAGCGCGCCGGCCACGGGCGGCGUGAAGAAGCCGCACCGCUACCGGCCCGGCACCGUGGCCCUGCGCGAGAUCCGCCGCUACCAGAAGUCCACGGAGCUGCUGAUCCGCAAGCUGCCCUUCCAGCGCCUGGUGCGCGAGAUCGCGCAGGACUUCAAGACCGACCUGCGCUUCCAGAGCUCGGCCGUCAUGGCGCUGCAGGAGGCGUGCGAGGCCUACCUGGUGGGGCUGUUCGAGGACACCAACCUGUGCGCCAUCCACGCCAAGCGCGUCACCAUCAUGCCCAAGGACAUCCAGCUCGCGCGCCGCAUCCGCGGGGAGCGGGCGUGAGCUCCAUCCUAUCCACUUGCACCAAAACCCAAAGGCUCUUUUCAGAGCCGCC